AUGGCGUCUGCGAACACUUUCAGAAAUCAUUUGCUUGUUGCCGCAUUCGACUUUGGCACGACUUUCAGUGGCUACGCUUUCUCUUUCCGGAAUGAUCCGACAAAGAUUCAAACUAACCAAUCUUGGAAUGCGGGUUCCGAUGCACUGUUAUCACUGAAAACACCAACCUGUAUUUUGCUUAACCCGCAAAAAGAGUUUGUUGCAUUCGGAUUUGAGGCUGAAAAUAAAUACCUUUCUCUCCUUGAACAAGGGGAGCAUAAACCUUGGAUGUUUUUCAGAAGAUUCAAGAUGCUUCUUCACAACAAUGAUGGGUUAAACCGUAAUGCGACAGUGGAGGACAUUACAGGCAAAAAGAUGCCAGCGAUGAAAUUAUUUGAAAUGUCCAUUCGCUUCCUACGUGACCAUCUGCUUAAUGCACUAAAGAAUCAAAUGGAUGGGAUCAAGGAAUCAGACAUUUUGUACGUGAUCACCGUUCCUGCCAUCUGGAACGACGGUGCAAAACAGUUCAUGCGAGAAGCGGCUGUAAAUGCUGGUCUGGACAGUGAUCGAAUCAGGCUCGCACUUGAGCCAGAGGCGGCCUCUAUCUGGUGUCAACAGAUCAACACAAGCCUCAAGACAGACCUCAGCAAGGCUGGCAGUCAGUACAUGGUCGCUGACCUUGGAGGCGGAACAGCAGACAUUUCUGUUCAUGAAAAAAACGUUGAUGGCACUUUGAAAGAAAUUCACAAAGCAAGCGGUGGACCAUGGGGUGGUACCUGUGUUGACCACAAUUUCAUCAGCUGGUUGACCAAAGUAUUUGGAGAGACCACGAUGUCAAGGUUCAGAGAGGAAGAAAUGGAAGACUACAUUGGUUUGUUGCGUGAGUUUGAGGUGAAAAAGCGCAUGAUUACCCCAGAAACUAACGGACGUGUGACAUUUCGCUUACCAAUUGCAAUUAGAACCAUUCACGACAAGGCAGAACACCAAUCUUUCGAUCAAAAGCUUGAGCGGCUGAAAAUUACAGAUGGUAUUGCUUUGCAAGGAGACAAACUGAGAGUUUCAGCAGAUACGGUUAAGUCUUGGUUUUCGGAUUCCAUCAAUCAAACCACACAUCAUAUGAUUUCACUUCUGUCGGAUGCAAAAAUGAAGGGGGUAUCUACCAUUUUGUUGGUAGGAGGCUAUGGGGAAUGCAAGCUUGUACACGAUUCAGUUACCAAGAAGAUAAGAAACAAGAAUAUCAUCAUACCCCAAGAAGCUGGACUAGUGGUCUUAAAAGGAGCCGUCCGCUUUGGACACAUGCCAGGUGUCGUCACAUCUAGAAUAGUUAAAUUCACAUAUGGCUUCGCAGCCAAGGUCAAUUUUGAUAAAAACAUACACCCCAUUCAAAAAAAGAUAACAGGCAGUUAUGGUGAAGAAAAGGUUGCUGAUGCGUUUUGCAAAGUUGUCUGUGUCGACACAGAGGUGCAUAUUGGAAUACCGAUCAAAGUCCCUAUGAAAAAUUACCUUAGCGCACGCGCUGGGACUGUUUUGAGAAUUUAUACAUCGCCAAUGCCAAAACCCGUAUUCGUUACUGAUGCCAAAUGCAAAAUGUUAGGAGAAGUUGCAUUAGGAAAUGCUAAAGGUAAUUCAAAAGAAGAAAAUGAAGUUGAAAUCAAUUUCCUAUUCGGCGAGACGGAAUUGGAAGUCAGAGUGAAAAUGCUGAACGAUGGCUCUGAAAUAAAGAAAGUUAUUGAUUGUUUGGCUGCUUAG